AUGACCAACCGACUCCGUGUGUCCUCCCUCCUCCCCCACCUCCUGCUCCCGGCCCUGUUGUUCCUCCACCUGCCCGGCGUGGUGAAAGGCGACUGCUGGCUGAUAGAAGGGGAUAAAGGCUACGUGUGGCUGGCUAUCUGCAGUCAGAACCAGCCUCCGUAUGAGACCAUCCCCCAGCACAUUAACAGCACGGUUCACGACCUGAGGCUGAACGAGAACAAACUGAAGGCUGUGCUCUUCAACUCCAUGUAUCGCUUCACAAACCUCACUGACCUCAAUCUGACCAAGAACGACAUCAGCUACAUCGAGGACGGAGCCUUCGCUGGACAGGCCAACCUACAGGUUCUCCAGCUGGGCUACAACAAGAUGACCAACCUGACUGAGGGCAUGCUGAGGGGUCUGGGUCGAAUGCAGUGCCUCUUCUUGCAACACAACCUCAUUGAGGUCAUUUCCAACAAUGCCUUCUGGGAGUGCCCCAGCCUCAACAGCCUGGACUUAUCCUCCAAUAAGUUGGCUCGUCUCGACCCGUCUACCUUCACCGUACUCAACCGGCUGAUGGUGUGUGAACUGGCAGCCAACCCGUUCCACUGUGGCUGUGAACUCUUCAGCUUUCUCUCCUGGCUGGAGGCGUUUAACAAUGUCACCCACACCUAUGACCGCCUCCAGUGCGAAACCCCUCCGGAAAUGAACGGGUAUCCACUCCUGAGCCCGGUGCCCGGACAAGGAAGAAGCGCCCUCUACAAGCUCGUGUCCAAGUGUCAUGAAGGCGCGAUAGGGAUGACCUCUCAGAUACCGGAACAAGAUGGUUCAGGGAUGGGUUUCGACAACCCAGACCAAGGACUGUACCACCAGCCGACCACAUCAUCCACUGCGGACCCAACCAACAACCAUCAGAUUUCUAUGAAGCUUCAAACUGUCACCCUCUACACAGCCAGACUAAUGGUGCAAAUCCCACGACCGUACAGUAAGAUGUACAUACUCUCCCAGUACAACAUCACUUUCGUUGGGGACGUCACAAACCUGAAAAAGAAGAAGGAGGUGAUCACUCUGGACAAACUGAAACCACACAGCAACUACACAUUUUGUGUGGCUUCUAUGAGCAAAUCUCAGCACUACAACCACACCUGUUUGUCCUUUACCACCCGAGCUAUGGGACCAGAGGACCAGCAUGCAAAUCCGUCUACAACCACCCACUACAUCAUGACCAUCCUGGGAUGUCUCUUUGGCAUGGUCAUUGUCCUUGGAGUGGUCUAUUACUGUCUCAGACGAAGACGUAUCCAGGAAGAGAAGGACAAAGCUAUAAGUGUCAAGAAAACCAUUUUGGAGAUGAGGUACGGUCCGGAGGCGGCUGCAGCGGUGACCAACGACCCCGGCGCCAUGCAGCGUCUCCAGGAGCAGGCUCACCACCAGCACCAUCAUUCAGGAGGAGCAGGAGGCAAGCUGCCACAGUCCACCUCCUCCAGCACCGGCAUGCUGCACGGCUCGGCCAACACCAGCUCCUCCCGUCUCUCCACCUUGCCACAGGUGGAGAAAAUGGCCACUGCCUUCUCCGAGGCAAUGGGCGGCAAGGGCAACUACAUGGAUGUGAGGACGGCGGGAGUGGCAGGGGAAGGCAGGGAGGGAGGGGUGUCAGUGGGAGGAGUAAGCCUUGGAGGAGAGGUAGCUGUGGAUGUGCGAGGUGGGGGUGAGAAUGGGACGGAGGCCGGGGAGGACUCUGACGAUGAUGGCCACGGCUCAGCAUCAGAGAUUUCCACCAUCGCCAAGGAGGUGGACAAGGUGAACCAGAUCAUCAACAACUGCAUCGACGCCCUGAAGCUGGACGCCUGCGCCAACGUGGUGACCACGGCCGACAACUCUCUGUCCCUCCCCCAGCCGCCUGCUUCCAUCGUGUCCCUCCCACGCAACCUCUUGCCCCUCUCCCCUGGUCACCCUGGAGAUCAGAUCAUGGCCUCCUCGCCAAAGGUGCAUCCAAAGUCUCACCCCCAGCAACAUUCUCACCCUCUGCCUCACCCUCUGCCUCACCCUCUGCCUCACCCACUGCCUCACCCUCAGUUGCACCCACAGCCUCAUCCACCCUCUAUGGCCCCCGUACCCCUGGUCAUGCCCCUGUCUGAGCGCCCGGGAAUCAGCGGAGGGGGUUUCCUCUCCCCCCCAUACCGUGAUCCCCCCCCGGCCAAUGCAGUGCGGCCCCUUCAGAGGCAGUUGAGUGCCGACACGGGUGUGGUGAAGAACCGUUGCGGUGCCUCGUCAGCGGGAUCUGGGAAGAACCCCAGGGUCUACAGCGUGGAUAUCGCUGAGCAGCGCUGCGACCCCCCCAAGUACCCGACAGAAAAGGUCAGUCCUGUGGGCUGUGUUGGAGGAGGUGGAAAUGGAGGAGGUGGAGGAGGUGGGGGCUGCAACGGGAAUGGGAUGGGAAACCUAAAUGGUGGUGGGGUGAGCUUGAAUGGGGGUGGGAUGGGGUGUAAUAACGGGGGCGGAGGAGGUGGGGUUGUUGUCCCUGGACACCAGCAGCACCAGCAGCACCACCUGGAGGUUCAGCCAGACUACCACGGCUCCGAGCACCGCCACUCCUUCCCCGCGCUUUACUACGAGGGCGGCAGCGAAUCCCCCUCUCCGACCCAGAAGGCCUCGUUUCUCAAGCCCCUGGGGCGCUCUAAGAGGGAGGCCACGGCCGCCUACUCCCAGCUCUCACCCGCCCGGCACCACCACUACAACUCUGGAUAUUCCUCUAGUCCCGAGUAUUCAUCCGAGAGCACACUGCGGAUCUGGGAGCGAUUCCGGCCUUACAAGAAAAGCCCCAGAGAGGAGGCGUCCUACAUAGCCGCAGGCCAUGCUCUGCGUAAGAAGGUUCAGUUUGCUAAGGACGAGGACCUUCAUGAUAUCUUGGACUACUGGAAGGGGGUUUCGGCCCAGCAGAAGCUGUGA